AUGUGCAAGUGGAAGGCCAACGCGUACGUGCUGAGUGUUUGUCUCCUCGUCUCCGAGUAUGUGCGGCAGCAGCAGCAGGACGCGAGCCGGGGCGGCGCCGGCGAGGACUCGGUGGCUUCGCUCGUGGACGCGCCGCACGCGCCGCCCGCCGCGCCGACGGUCAGCAGGACGACGCUGAACGCCUUGGCGCGCUUCCUGCGGCGCGAGAUCCAGCACCCAAUUUCCGCCAAUCAGAGCGCGGGCUUCACGACCCUCAAGAGUUUAUUGCGACGCUUGGAGAUUAGUUUAGACAGUGCGAAGGACUUCGAGCAGCUCUCGUGGCAGCUCGUGAGCAUCCUGAGCAAGAUCGAAAGCCCCGACGCCGUGAUGAACACGGUGGAGCAGAUCUCCGAGUGCGUGGCGCCGCUCGCCAGCUCGAGGGAGGACGGAGAGGACGCGGACGUGGACUCCACCAGCUCCACGCUCGUCCGCACGAGUCUGCUGGGCGUCUUCGUGCGCAGCUUCCUGCUGGCGGUCAACCGCCUGCUGUUCGACGGCCUUUCGAGACUGUUCGACGACGUACAGCAGUAUCUGGAGCAGUUCCGAGAAGACAUGGAGAAAGAAAAGAAGGCUGACAAAGCAAUGGAGCAGAAGGAUACCAACCUCGACCUGAUCGCAUCGCCAGCGUCGCAACACAUGUGGAACGAAAGCAAGAUGGAGGAUGACGACCUGCUGCUGUCGCCGAUCCACUCGGGCAGUGCAACGCCGUCACUGGAUCCGCAGAUUUUGGCCGAGAAGUUGAUGACUGCAGAAGCUGUUCGAGAAGUGGACGACCCUGCAGUGUGGUCGAAUGACCAGUUGAGUUAUAUACUGAACGACAUGGCUCACGAGAUGGAAGGGAGGCCAAGGAACCAACACCAAGCUUCGCAACGGACCGAUGGAGAUCAAAGUACUGAAGAUGAGCUCCAAGUACUUCGCAAGAAGAUGGACUGUUCGAACCCGAACGUGCUUUACGUGAAGUAUUUAUCAUAUCUUCAUGAACGUGAUUAUCAAGGGGCCCUCGACACUUUGCACCAGUACCACGACGUGCUGUCGCCUCACCAAGAAUCUCGCUCGAGCGUCAAUGGAGCUAGCGAUGGUGUUGGGUCCACGUCGUCGGGUUCGGCAGGUGCUAACUUGCAUUUCCGAGGAAGCGGUAUCCAGUAUGCCGCGCUGAACUUGGCGGGACUGCAGAUUAUAUUUGAUCACUACAAUGCUGCCCAAGAAAGUAUCCAGGAGGCAAUUCGAGUAGCUCAACAUCACGGUGACCACAUCUGCGUGGCAUUUGCACUGGCAUGGCUGAUUCGUAUCAACCAGAAGAUCGGUAAGCCCAAAGAUGCGGUAUUGCAGCUAGUCAGUAGCUGUUUGAACCGCGCUCAGGAGUUGCGCCUUCCUGCGCUGCAAGUGUUGGCAACACUGACGGAGGUGGAGAGUGACUUGACGCGUGGACGCACCGACCAUCCUGAGUCUGUGGGGUCAGCAACUCAGUUUGUCCCGCACAUGUUUGCUGCGCAGACACCUGCACCUCGCCCGCUGCACAUUUGGUCGCGUCUUCAUGAAGCGAUGCAAUCUGUCGCAUUAAUAGCGACCCCAGCAGCUAGUUUGUCCAACAAUGGUACGCGCACGAUGAUUGUUUUACAGGCUCAAGCGGCCGCAGGCUCAGGGGGUGACGCACCUGACCGGUCUGGCGGAAGCGGAAUGGAUUGGAUAAAGUCUACGGAGGCGAUUCUCGACACCGUCUGGAAAUUAAGUGGGAAAGUUACGAUCUCAUCAGCCGCUGGCUGGAGCCUCUUCGGUCACCGCUCUCUGGAACAAAUAUUUAGUCGCAUGCAUCUCCUGUGUUACGAAGACUCUGCUAGCACCGGUGAAGUUGCACUGACCGUGAGCCAAAUGGCAAUAUCCAAACUCAGGACGCUCCAUCACCUCUUCUUUUCGUGGGUGCUUCAUCGCGGGGAAUUUUCGCGCGCGGAAGUUCAUUUAGACGCGAUACUUGCGCUCUCCCCAGAAGGAAAAGAUUUUUCUGCGUAUCUGGCGGCGCUUAUGCUGAAGGCAGACCUAUUGGCGGCUAUGGGUAACUAUCCGCGAAGCCUUGAGUUGCUUGAGAACGCAGAAGUUACGUGUAAUGAGCAUGGGUUUGCGUACCUGCACGCCCAAGUGCUGAUUGCAGCAAGCCGAACGCGUUUUCAAGCAUCUGCACCCCAUGCGCCAUUUGCACCCCUGAAUGCUCUGAUGAAAUGCAUCGACAUUUGUAGGGGGCACCAUUUUGAUCUGCUACUGGCAGAGGCUCACGUUGUCAUGGCUGAGAUUUAUAUUGCAAUGGGGAAGCUGCAGGAUGCACACGCACUCAUCGACGACCAAAUGCCUCUGGUGAUGGAACAUGGAAGCGUUCAACUGCGUGGAGAGUGUUUGCUCGUGCUGGCUAAGACGAUGGUAGCAAGCAUCAAGCGUUCCAAGGAGGGAGCGAAGGAACCAGCUUCUGCGGCAGCGAAGGCCAUUGAAAUGCUCAACACAAGCGCAAAAAUGUUCUCGUCGGUGCAAAACUUGCGGAGAUUAAAGGAAGUUAGCUACGUGCAAUCCUUAGUCUACAACCACAUCGCCCUUCAAGCUCAACGGUGCGGCAGCGACUCUUCUUCGUAUUGCAGUAGUCGGGAGCAAGCGGCUGCAAAUUUUCUCCAGUACAGCUCUCGGCUAAAACAAGCGGCAUUUCUAACCGUGGAGCCAUUUUUCGACCUGGAGUUCCCUGAAAGCAUCCGACAAGUAAUUGAUCACCGAUCAAGCGAAUUCGAGGCCAUUAAGAAACUCUAG